AUGUCCGAGCUCAGGAAAAACGAAAUGGAAAUCCGGGAUAAAGCUAUCCUGCACCAGAAGAGGCGUCUAAAGCAGGCUACACAGUUCAUCCAUAAAGAUUCUGCGGACUUGCUUCCUUUGGAUGGACUGAAAAGGAUGGGAACAUCAAAAGAUCUGCAACCUCACAACAUUGUUCAAAGACGAUUACUUGAGAGCAACGUCACAAAAUUACACGGGGAUCCAAAGGACGGUGGCUCUAUGACUCAGUCACCAUUUGAAGAGAUGAAAUCCAGCGUGAAUAAGGAUACUGUAUCUUUACUCACUGUCUUCUGUAAGUGUCGUGAUCAAAAGAUCAAAGUCACCAUCAACACAGGCUGCCACCAGAAUACAAUCUCCACCAGCUGCUUAAACAGAAUAGGUUUUGAGGAAUUACCUGUGGCAGAGAGUGAAGACUCUGAGCUCCCCAGAUCUACCCAAAGUUCAAACACAAUGGAACGAGUGGAGAAGUUAGAAAUCAUGUUGGGGAAAGAGAAAGUUGAAUGUCCUGCUUUGGUAGUAGAUGACGAGAUAUGUGAGCUAUCCCUCGGCCUUCAAACUCUACUGUCUCUCAAAUGUGUGAUUGACUUGGAGAGGCGAGCGCUGUUGCUAAGAAAUUCAGAAACACAACUACAAUUCAUAACUGAAGCAGAAGAGCAAGAAAGUGAAGAAGAGAAAGAGUGAGAAAAGUUACAAUAUUUUGGUAUAUUAAACAGAAAGCUCAAAUAAUUAGCUAACAUCAUGAAGUUUCACUCCAUCCCUCUUCCUCUCCCUGUGCUUUGACUUUGGUUUACCUUACUGCAGAAGUAAUCUGGCAUGGAUGAGAGAGAGGACAACAAUGUAACAUCUUGUCUCUCCUAAAUCACCAAAACCCUGUUCCACCCUAAUUUUGUUUUGGCAUUAAAAUAAAAGAUCUGUCACUUUGUCAUCUUUAUUGCUGCUCCCAGGCUUGAGCACUCUGGUAUUAAAAAUAAUUUACUUUUAAUAAAAUAAUUUUUGUAAUGAUUAACUAAAAUUAAAUUCUAGCAGUGGGAAGUGUGAAAGAUUACUUCCUCUUGUAGCUGCUUUUGUUGGUUUGGGUGCCAAAAAUUAGAGGAUAUUUGAGAUGAUGAUGCCGGAAGCAGAAAGGUCCCGAUGGGAAAACUCCUACAGGAGAAAUAGACAACAGCAAAUCUGAAUAAGAUUUUGAACUAUCGGUAAUAUUUUUAACCUGUACUGAUUUACAUCAAAGAACUUUAAUUUUAAAAAUACUAACUAAUUCCUGUAAAUCAUUCCACUUAAAGCAAGUUAGCAAUAGUCAGAGCACCAUAUUAUAAGAAAGCUUUACAUAAAUCUGAUCUGUCAAAAUUGUAAGUUACACUAAUGUCCUCUUUAGUGUGAGGCCAAGAGACAAAAUGUUUUUAUCUUGAUCAAUAAUUCAUAAAUGGCAAUCAACUUCAGACAAACUUCCAUAGAACCAUAGAACAUUACAGCACAGAAACAGGCCUUUUGGCCCUUCUUGGCUGUGCUGAACCAUUUUUCUGCCUAGUCCCAAUGACCUGCACCUGGACCAUAUCCCUCCAUACACCUCUCAUCCAUGUACCUGUCCAAGUUUUUCUUAAAUGUUAAAAAUGAGCCCACAUUUACCACUUCAUCUGGCAGCACAUUCCACACUCCCACCACUCUCUGUGUGAAGACCCCCCCCCAAUGUUUCCUUUAAACUUUUCCCCCUUCACCCUUAACCCCUGUCCUCUGAUUCCUUUCAGCGAAUCUCCUCUGCUUGCUAAUAUUAUGUGGUAUUUCAGUGAACUGACUCUUUCUCCAUUCUAGUUUAAAAUUCUGGUGGACCAAGACAGCAAUCAUAUUUUUUGCCUUUGAAUUCCAAUUCCAGCUCUAUUGUUUUCUUUCUGCUAAUUUUAUUUUUACCUUGUCUUAUUUCCAAAUCCCAUGUACAGCAGUCAUUGAAUUUGGCCUCUAUGAGUCAUUUUAAAUACCUGGAUCUUACUCUCAAAAAUAAUUCUUUUGCUACUUAAAUAUGUGAAUUAAGAUAAAAGAAUGCUGUAACUGGUCCAAUAGUUAAAAGCUCACAUUUUACAAAUGUAAUUUUUGAUAAGCAGCCUAAUAAGUGCUGAAUUUUUCAGGUUUAAAUAUAGGGCAUAUAAUGUUGUAAUGCACUAAAGCUGUGGGAACUUCAGUUAAGAUUAGAAAAUUAUAAAUGUUAAACACUAGUUUGAAAAAGAUGAACGCCAAUCAUUUUGACCUUGUUGGCAGUGAAAGUUCUAGAAAAAUAAAGGGUCACAUUCAAGUAUGAUUAACGGUGGAUAAAGUUGGCCUGUAUUUGUUAAAGGUAAAUGUGUCUUUAUUAAAAUGUUAAGUUUUUUGAUGAAGUAACAGAGAAUCAAUUAGAGAAAAGUCACUGAUAUGUAUAUGGGGAUUUUCUAACAGUUUUUGAUGAGGUGCUAUUUUGUCUUCAAGUUUGAAGGCCACAGAAUAAAGAGGGCUUUAGCAGCAUGGAUAGCAUAAAGAGGAAAUAUAAAGUGAUGAAAAUUUGUUUUCAGAAUGGAGGGAAGUGUGUAGAGCCCCAGAGCACAAUAUUAGGACAUCUGUUUUAUUUAAUAGCAUGGGCUUGGGUGUAGACACUCCAUUUCCAAAUGUGUAUAUGGUACAGAAUUUGGAAAUAUAAUAAACUAUAAGGAACAUAAGAGAAGCACAGGAACUUCAUAUUAGUGAAUGACCUAAAGAGAAGCCAUAUAGGUAAGUCAGUAAAUUUCAAUAAAUUAACCAUCACGGGAAAUAUGAAAGUCCAUUUCUGCCUAAGCCUCAUCUGUGGGCUGAAUGUUACUCUCUUGGCAGGCCAUUUACAGCAGUAAUCACUUGGAGCUGGAUUUUUGGAUUUGUGGUGGGGGUAACAGUGGAAAGGGCUCUUUGUACUUGCCAAUUUAUGAGAGCUUGAGGACUCGUACUAUACUCUAGUACAGAAACAAAACAAUCCUCAGCCCAUCUUGAAUCAACUAAAAUGCCUUGUUCAAUGCUGACCACUUCACCUGCGUUUCUCUUAUCAAAAUACAAAUCAGUUUCUUUUCACCCCCUUCCCAUCGCAAAGCGUAGACUUUGUACCUGCCUGUGUAUCUUCGAUCAUCAAAAUUAUCAAGUCCAGAAUAAGGUUCGUUACUCAUUGGUAGUUUUAAAGGUGGACGAGUUCUUCAACCAAUCUCAUAAGGAAAUGUGAAAAAGUUUUCUAAGUCAAAUUCAGAUAUAUUUAUGAAUUAACCCUGUUGAAUUAUGCCAAACCAAGCUCCUCUUCUGCAAAACAAAAUCACAAUUGUAUAAUGCAAAAAUUAUAUAGAGACACAUCAAUCAUAAUGAAUGUCCAGGCCCAAGAGCAGCGCAUAUGAGUAUUAGUUGAUUAAAACUGAAAGCCAAAGUUUUUCUGCAUUUAGCUAAAAUCUAGAUCCUUAUUUGUACUUUUCUUUCAACAUUCUUUUGAAAAUCACGUUAACCUACUUCAGCAGUCUCAAUAUAUAUUGCAAUGAUGCAGGAUUUGUCCUGCGCUCUCUCCUUUGGUCAGUAUUGUAAUAGGUACAGAUGAAGACCAAUAGAUAACUAAUAUUCACUAAGUGCCAUUGGUGUUUUCCUAUGUCACGAUGGUGAAACAUUUUCCACAUCUCUGUACAUCAGCAUAUUUCAUUUUAUUCAGAAAUUUAAAAGUUCAAAAUCUUUUGGGCCUUUUCACUUUCUUGUCGUUUUUGAAUCAGGUAUAUUGUGAAAUAUGCUGUGUUGUGGCAGCAGUGCCAGACACAGAAAUCACUAUAAAUUACAGUAAAAAUAAAUAAGUCUUGCAGAAGAGGAACAGUGAGGUCGGGUUCAUAGCUUCAAGGGCCAUUCGCAAUCUGUUCACUGAGCAAUAUUUUUUUGAAAAAAAAAUUAAAGGCAAUCUAGAAAAUCCCUUUCCAUAUUGGAAAUAUUGUUGAAAGAAUACCACUUAAUUAAAAAAUAUGAUUCAUUUUGCCACUGUUUCUGAGCAGUAUGCUAUUGAAACCUGGCAUGGUUAGUUUAAUUACUAGAAGGAGACUAUGUUGUUGAUUGCCCUCCAUUCCUUUAUAUAAUGUGCCUGGAUUUGACUUCUUCUCCUGCCAGUGAUGUAUUUAGAAAUUAAAGAGGAGUAACUUAACAAUACCAACUUUGCCCAGUUACCCUGUAGCAUGAUAAUUUGGUGACAAUGUGUGUUACUGUUCAUAGGAACCAGAAAUUUAAAGUUUAUUAUUAACACAAUCAAACAUGGUAUGAGGAACAUUAAAUAUUCAAAGGGAAAUAAAGGCAAUGGGCUAAUAGCCCAAACAUUCUAUUCAUUCAUGUACAUAUUUAUAACGCAUCUCGUUCAAGAGGGCAAAUGUUCAAGGUUUGUUUACCCCCAAUAAGUAGUGCAGUGUUCCUAUAUGUUUGUAUUUUGUUCGACCCCAAUUCAGCAUUCCAUUCUGAAUCUCAGUGAGGUAUCACAGUAAUCAUUAUCAGCCCACCAGUAACUCAACUAGACAUUCACCAUUGAAAUUAUUUAAAUAACAGUACUUUGCUUCAAAAUUAUACAUGAAAUCAAUGCAAUUCCCAAUUUUAUUGUCAUUGAUUUAUAUAUCAUAAAAGAAGUGUGGAAUAAAAAAAAUCUGGAAUGAAAAGAAUGCUUCUGAACUGUUGAGAGAAAAAUUAAAUGUAAGAUCUCCUCUACUUUGCAAUGGAUUUGUUCUAUGAUUACCAAGCAUUGAGGUAGUAAAAAUCAGAAUUAUUUGUAACAUAUGACAUCUACGUUCUUGCCAGGUUACUUUGGUGAUAAAGCUAGUUACUUUAUGUUUUGGCUCUGAUGGUACUGUACAAGAACAGUGUAAUUUGUUCCUGAAUGCCCAAAUGCAUGUUUUAUUUGUCCAGUGUGGACAGUUCAGCACAACAAACACAUCAAUUACUUACACUUCACGAGCACGGUCUUCUUACCCAGUAUUGUAUGUUGCCUUGCUAUGCUGGUGUGCACCAUGUUGUUAAAAUAAACUGGCAUUGU